UAUGUCAACUAUUAAAAAACUAUUUGAAAUGGUAUAAAAGAACGUUUAUACAGCAGUACAACAAUAUUCAUUACAAAUCAAUCCAAUUGAGUUAAACAAAGAAUUUCUAAAGAUGCUGAGAUUCCAGACCAUUUUCUUUUUGAUUGCAUUGACCACAAUGACAGUAGCCGUCUAUGCACCCACGGAAAAACAUGCAUUAGAUAGACAUGGACUGGAAAGGGUUUUGCUGGUCGAAAACACAGUUGGAAGAAACAUAAACAGGCGUCGUGGUGAGGGAUCUCUUUCUGUACUGGAUGUUAUUGAUGCAAAUAGACGAGCAGGAUCAAGAGGAGUUGGAACAUCUCAUGCAAUAGGCAGUGAAUUUAUUACACACGGGUCAUCUUCCGGUAGAGGAUUGUCUGGGGCGUCUGUUCGAGGCAGGAACUCUGUAUCUGGAAUCAUUAGAGGCUCUUCAACUGGUUUGUCUCGUGAUUUAUCUGACGAUGAUGAUCAUUUCACCUCUGGCAGCCGAAUUGGUUCAUCUGGUCUGGCUAGAAAUGUGGAUCUGUCUGGAAAUUCACAUUUGGAAACUAUUGGUAGUGGCCAUGGAGUGACUGGUCAUUCAGGUGCAGAUAUUAUUGACGCAAUCAGUUCUGGACGAGGUGGGCGUGUUGUACUAGACACCGUUUCUGCCAGACGUAGUGGAUCAGCACGUACUUCAGGUUCAGGGUUCGUUUCUCAGUCAGUGGUAGGAGGAAAAACUAAUUGCAAAAAUGACUGUUUUAUUGAUGGAGAUUGUCCAACAAACAGAUACUGUGCCACCGUUAACUGUCACAGGAUUUGUAGGAGAAGACUGUCUAAUGGAUACACACCAUGAACAGCAUAUCACUGAAAUCCAGA